AUGGCGGUGCCGAUGCGGUCGGGUCAGCUGGCGCAGUGGCCCGUCUCGACGGUCCCCAUCGAGAGUUUGGAGGCGGCAGCGCGGGAGUGGUACCGUUUCCGGGACAGCUCUUGUGGCGUGAAGCUCUAUAACCAGCAUUGGCUCCUCAUUAUCGUUGCGGUUAUCUUGAUGAUGUUGCUCGGACCUGGUUGGCGCCUGGCUAUCGCCAGAGCCUGCCGGCUGGACGAGACUGACCAGUGCCACACUAGAGAUCCGAGCACAUGCGACCAGCUAGCAGGCUGCCUCUUCCUGCACGACAAGGGCGGGGGCGUCUGUACGCCAGAGGCAUCCUUCAGUGCGUGUGAGGACCUGAGGGACUACUCGGGCAGGAUGGAGGCGAUGGCGAUCGCACUCCCCCUCAUGAUGCUGGGGCUCGCCCUGUACGUCAAGUGGCAGCUGCUCCCGCGGCUCAGGGACGAGGCGAGCAGCCGCCUGGCCGGCCCGGUGGCCCAGGCCCUGGUCGGCACCGGCUGGUCCGUGAAGGCCCAUUCCCUGGCCCGGCACAGGGGCACGCGGGCGCCGCAGGGGCUGCGCCAGGGGUGCUGCUCCCCCGGGUGGCUCUGGCUGGAGUUCGCGCCCCACGACGGCCCCGUGGUGGGCGCCCCCCUCGCCGCGCCCCUCGCGCAGCCACUGCCGGCCAGCGCGGUCGUGGGCUUCGUGGUGGGGGACCCCGGGAUCGCCAGGGCCCCGGAGCUGAGCGAGCCCCCAGAGGCGCGCCUCCGGCCGCUGCUGGCGGCUUGA